AACAAACGCACCGCUGUCCGCAGGAGAAACCUUACAGGUGAGGAGCAGUCAGAGCUGGAGCAUAUCCAACAUGAGGCCACACGUGUCUCCUGUGCUGCUGUUAGCGGUGUGUGUCCUCGGUGUGUGUGCCCUCUCACAUGUGGAGGAGUUGAAGAGCCAGGAGCGGCUCUUCCUCAGCUCCCUGGGGCUCUCCGGGAGGCCUCGGCCGGCGGGGAGCCAGCAGACCCGGCGCCGCGUCCCCUCCGCGCUCUGGAGGAUGUUCCGGAGGUCAGAGAACAUCCAGGCCGAGGAGAGCGACCCCUGCACGGUGUCUGAGUACGGAGUGCGCGGCAACAUCAUCCGAUACGUGCAGGACCAAGGCAGGCUGGUGUCUGGCUGGAGCAGCAGCUGUCAGGCCUGUCUGGAGAAGCAGCUUUUCUUCAACAUGUCCGUCCUGCAGCCUGUGGAGCUGCUGUCUCUUGCUCAGCUGGAUAUCAAGUUCCACUGGAAGCCUGUCAGAUCGGCGGAGCUCCUGCAGGGGCCCCGGGCCCUCAGCGUGUCCCUGUAUAAAGUGAUUCGAGCCACGCUGAGGGGAGCCAAUCCCCAAGCUAACCGCAGGCUCCUGCUGUCCCAGUCGGUCCAGCUGCAGCCCGAGCCCACCUCCGUCACCAUGGACCUCACCUCGCUGGCAGAGAGCUGGCGCAAACCAGGACGCAACUACGGUUUGGUUUUAGAGCUGCUGCCUCUCAGCGCAGAUCCACAAGAGCUUCUUCCUUUUCACCCGGGGAACUCCCUCCCGUUAGACCCGGCCUUCACCCUGCCGCUGAUCCAGGCCUCGCUGGUCGCAGUGUCCCUCAACCCACACCAGUGUCGCUCCAGGCAGAGAAGAAGCGCCAUCCACCUCCCUGUGACACCCAGCAACGUGUGCAAGGCCCGCCGCCUCUACAUCGACUUCAAGGACGUGGGCUGGCAGGACUGGAUCAUCGCACCGCAGGGAUACAUGGCCAACUACUGCCACGGAGAGUGCCCGUUUCCGCUCAGCGAGAGUCUGAACGGCACCAACCAUGCCAUCCUGCAGACGCUGGUGCACUCCCUGGACCCACACGGCACACCGCAACCCUGCUGCGUGCCCAUCCGCCUCUCCCCAAUCUCCAUGCUCUACUACGACAACAACGACAACGUGGUGCUGCGACAUUACCAGGACAUGGUGGUGGACGAGUGCGGGUGCCGAUGAGGUCGGUGGAAAAUUCUGACUAUCGCAUAUCCACCAAGUCGUUUUUAAGCUUCUUGCUCCAAAGUCUUAUUUUCUUACUGUGAUUAAAUGUUUUCUGAUUUUUAGAUUAGGUUUUCUUGUACAAUAUUUCUACAAUUGAUGCUUUUAAAGAAUUUGUAAUUGUUCGUUCUCACAGAAAUUUUGACAUAUUUUUAAUAUGACAGCUGAUGUUAAUAAAAAAUGUAAUA